ACACAGAGUGGUCGGAGACGAGAGCUGAUAAGUGGAGACACAGAACAUAGACCGGUCGGGGACGAGUUACGGGAGAAUGCGGAUAUGCUGGAAGGAGAUACAGAGUCAGGAUGAGUCACAAAAUUUAUAUAACAGUCAGAAUGAGUCAUAAGAUUUAUAUAACAGUAGUUAUAUCGAAAUAACAGUGCAAUAUCAUUGAUCACAAAAAAUCAGAUAAAUCAGAAAUUACUUGGAACUGAAAGAACUGUCGAUAUUGAAAUGAAAAUUAAAACAAAGUCUUAAUAAAUAACUAUCGGAGAGUAUCACCCAACAGGGGCGGUGAGGAGAAGAUGGUUAACAUACCUGGAGUACAAGAGAGACAGUGACACUAAACCCACGGAUUGAGAUGCGUAGUACAUCAACUUGUAUUCUGAACAGAGACAUCGAACGAGAUCCAGAAGAAGAUAUCUGGAAGGAGAAAAGAGACAUGAAACGAGAUCCAAAAGAAGAUAUCUGGAAGGAGAAAAGAGACAUGGAACGAGAUCCAGAAGAAGAUAUCUGGAAGGAGACAAGAGACGUGGAACGGGAUCCAGAGGAAAAUAUUCAGAACGAGGAGCGGAGACCUGGAGCGAGAGCCAGAAGAAGAUAUGUUGAACAACGAACGGAGACUCGGGACCGGAUCCAGAUGAGGAUGUUCGCAACGAAGAAUGAGACGGGGAUAAGAAGAGACGAAAGAGAAAAUGGACAGAUAAAGUAAGCCGUUAAGUUUGGAUAUUGUGAAACUUUAUUAAAUUAUUGUACCAGUAUAGUAGGGUUCUAAGAAAGAACAUA